CAUCCACUAGCGUCACCAUCUUUAACUUUUGGACCAGCCGCCAAUCAACUGUCGCCUGAUCACAUCGUCGCUCUCUGUGCGUUGCCGACCAAGCUUCCGGAUACCGACCGACACUCCUGACCGAUCAUCCGUGAGUGUUGAGGGAGCAAUUGGGCUGUCUGGACCUCGGGUUACGCUUUGCUACCCUCGACUUUGUCGUUCCCGACUUUUCCCCUCGCUUCAGUUACCGAAACGUCCCCCGCAGUUUCAUUAACCAUGUCGGCGACGGUCUCAAGACUGCGGAGCUCGGCCGCAUGUGUGUCUGCUCUCCGGGGGGCACCGGCAUCUACCCCCACACCUGCUCGGGGCACAAUAGCAACCCAUAUUCAGAAACUGACUCGGCGAGGGCUCAAGACAGGCUCGCCGAGGUCUGUAUCGUCCCUCAGCAAUGACAGUCAACAGCGGAUGCUCGCUUCCCACUUGCAGCAGGCGGAUCCGAUCAUGCACGAUAUCGUCGAGAAGGAGAAACUCAGGCAGAAACAAUUCAUCAACUUAAUCCCUUCCGAGAACUUCACAUCACAGGCCGUCCUGGACGCUCUUGGGAGCCCUAUGCAAAACAAGUACUCGGAGGGAUACCCCGGUGCACGAUACUACGGAGGCAACGAGUUUAUAGACGCAUCUGAGAGGCUAUGUCAACAGCGGGCGCUGGAGACGUUUGGCCUCGAUGAGAAGCAAUGGGGCGUCAAUGUCCAGGCUCUCUCCGGUGCUCCCGCAAACCUGUACGUGUAUUCCGCGCUGAUGGAGACGCACGACCGCCUGAUGGGUCUCGACCUGCCACACGGAGGGCAUCUCUCUCACGGCUACCAGACACCGACCAAGAAGAUCUCCUUCAUUUCCAAGUACUUCGAGACGGUCCCGUACCGGUUGAACGAGGAGACGGGCUACAUCGAUUACGACAAGCUUGAUGAGCUGGCCAGCAUCUACCGGCCCAAGAUCAUCGUGGCGGGUGCGUCCGCCUACAGCCGGCUGAUCGACUACGCGCGCAUGCGCGAGAUCUGCGACAAGGUCAACGCCUACCUCGUAGCCGACAUUGCGCAUAUCUCGGGCAUGGUCGCGGCGAAAGUCCUGCCGGGGCCGUUCUCGCACGCCGACGUCGUCACCACAACAAGCCACAAAUCCCUCCGCGGCCCGCGCGGCGCCCUCAUCUUCUUCCGCCGCGGCGUGCGGCGCACGCACCCCAAGACGGGCGCCGAGGAGCUUUACAACCUCGAGACCCCCAUCAACGCGUCUGUCUUCCCCGGCCACCAGGGCGGGCCGCAUAACCACACCAUCGCCGCCCUCGCCGUGGCGCUCAAGCAGGCCCAAACCCCCGAAUUCCGCGCCUACCAGUCGCAGGUGCUCGCCAACGCGCAGGCCCUGGCCCGGCGGCUUGGCGAGCCCAAGGAGAAGGGCGGUUUGGGAUACCGCAUCGUCUCGGGCGGCACAGACAACCACCUGGUGCUAGCAGACCUGAAGCCGCAGGGCGUGGAUGGCGCGCGUGUGGAGCGCGUGCUGGAACUGGUCGGCGUCGCUGCGAACAAGAAUACCGUGCCCGGCGACAAAUCCGCGCUUAUGCCUGGUGGGUUGAGGAUGGGCACCCCUGCCAUGACCACGCGCGGGUUUGGCGAGGUGGAUUUCCAGCGUGUGGCGGAUAUUGUGGACCGCGCUGUCACUAUUGCUGUUAGGGUGGAUAAAGCCGCGAGAAAGGCGGCGGAGGAUAAGGGCGAGGGGAAGACGGCUGGUCGGUUGAGGACAUUCUUGGAGUAUCUGGGGAAUGGGGAGACGGAGACGGAGAUUGUACAGCUCAGGAGCGAGGUCGCGGAUUGGGUCGGGACGUAUCCCCUUCCGUGGGACUUGGAUUCGAAGCCUUGAUGGGCAUGGAAUGAUGAUAACUUGAAAGGAGUUAAGGGGGGGGUGGUGAGGGGGUGGUGAUGGGUACUGGGGUAGUAGGGUAGUAGGAAGGGGUUGUGUAACACAUCCCACAUCAUGAUGCAUGGUUUGGUUUUGUUAUGUGUAAGGCGAGCGGGUUUAACAUUCCCUUGCUGCUUCUAUAGGGUGAUAUGGUUGCGCUGGGCCUUUUCAACUUGAAAGGUCAGCUGCUGAGGCCUUUCUGUGACGUUUGUGAUUGAAACUUGGGAGGGAUUCGGGCUUUCGGGGCUGGUCAGGCUCAACGCCAACUGGAGCCCUGCUUGCGGUACUAGUAGUAUUAAAUGGAAACAAUCAAUCGGUUCCAUUCUCGG